UGUAAAAAAGAAGACAAAAUCUGGACAGGCGGCUGAUUCAGGACGAACAUAUAUAUAUGCACGUCAAUUAUCCUUCCUCCAGAAAAAUAUAGGCUCCGCAGAAACCCAAUGCAGCCUUCCAACUGAGAAUGAAAUGGAGCCUGAAGAAAGGCCAUCAGAAGAAAUAUCUGAUGAUCCAAAUUCGAGCCAUCGUCAAUUCGAUGAAAAGCAGUGUCCAAAACGAAGAAAAACUGGCAAACGGACUCUUGAAGAAGCGUUAAUAAAUUUCAUCAACACUCCUCCGCAAAUUCCCCAACCACAACAGGUGGAUAUCAAUCCCGAUCGGGCAUUUUUUGAAAGUCUAUUGCCUUCUGUUUCACUUUUCACCGAAGACCAGAAGUUGGAAUUUCGUUGCGAGGUGUUGAGCACCAUUAAAAGAAUUAGAUUGGGUGCUGUACCAACGCCACCUGCUUAUCAGCAAUAUCAGCAGCACCAUCCUCCACCGACGUUUUUACCCCAAACACCUAUGUAUCACCAUCAGCCGACUUUUGCAAGCUCGGCCACCAUUACCUCCAACUCAAUCUUCCCCAGCACUUUCUUCCACUUCGGAGUCUCAAAUUGAGCCUGAC